AUGAAAUCUAUCAUUUUAAUAAGUAGAACUUAUAACUUCUUAUUAUUGAUGUCCCAUAAAGUUUCUCGAACUCGUUUUUCACAUCAUAAUGCAACAACAAACUUAAAAGAUUUAUCCAACAAAUUUUCAAAAGUUCAAAUCAGUACUAAAAGUUCUGUUCGACGAUUUUCAGCAAAUGGUAUACCUGAUUUUAGAACACCAGGUACAGGUUUAUAUGAUAAUCUUCAACGUUAUAAUAUUCCAUAUCCAGAAGCAAUAUUUGAAUUAAAUUAUUUCUAUAGAAAUCCAAAACCAUUUUUUGAUUUAGCAAAAGAACUUUAUCCUGGAAAAUAUUUUCCGAAUUUAAUUCAUUAUUUUAUUCGUUAUUUAUAUGAUCAAAAUUUACUUCAUCGUGUAUAUACACAAAAUAUUGAUGGACUUGAACGAAUAGCUGGAAUUCCACCAGAAAAAAUAGUUGAAGCACAUGGAAGUUUUAUGAGUGCAACUUGUCAACGAUGUCGUCAAAAAUAUGAAUGUGAAGAUAUUCGUCAACAAAUAUUUGAUGAUCAAAUACCAAAAUGUACGAAAACUUCAAAAUGUAGCGGCAUAAUUAAACCAGAUAUUAUUUUCUUUGGCGAAGAUCUUCCACGACGAUUUCAAUUGUACGUACAAGAUUUACCUUUGUGUGAUUGUUGUAUUGUUAUGGGUACAUCAUUAGCUGUUUAUCCAUUUGCUGAUACUGUUGAUUCAACAACACGUUCAACCACUCGUCUUUUAAUAAAUCGACAAAUAGUUGGAACGUUUUUAUUACCAAGACCUUAUGACGUAACAUUGAUUGGCGAUUUAGAAAUCAACGUUAAAGAAUUUUUAAUUAAAUUAGAUGUGUUUGACAAAGUUAUGGAGUUAAUGAAACAAGAGAACGAGAAGUUUCAGAAUAAUAAAAAAUAUCAAAAUCCUAUUAAAAGCACAACAACAGUGAAUGGUCGAUUAAAAGCUGCUGAAACAUUUAUAGAACAAAAAAGGAAAUUUUCAACAAUAAAUUAUUAUUGCCAAGAACCUCAAACAAUAUUUCAAUCAAAAGUUUCAUUUAAUGAAACAACAAAAGCUAUAAUUGAAAAAUAUAAUGAUGCUCUUCUAUUUAAUCGACGACGAUCAAAGUCUACUUUACCAGUUCUUCUAUCGAAACAAUCAUCAUCCUCUUCUUCGUCAUCAUCAUCAUCAUCAAAUUCAUUGAAUCGUUCAUUGUCCGAAAGUGAAUUAAUGCCAUAUGCUUUUAAACGUCCAUCAGACGCUAAAGCAAGAUCUGCUCGACAAAUCAAUCCGACGUCAGUAACAAAAAAUGAAAAAAAUCCAUUACUAAAUGCAACUUUAAGAAUAGCUUUGUGA